CGAUUCGCCUUUAUUAAAACCAGUAAACCAAACCCUUCUCUUCUCUCCACUUUAUUUUUCCCCUCUAUUCCCCCUUCCCCGAUCGCAAGCCCAAAAAAAGAACCAAAAAACAAAAAACAAGAAGAAACCAAAAAAGAAACCCUAACGCUCUCGAUCGAAUGGCUAAUAGCAAUCUCCCUCGACGGAUCAUCAAGGAGACCCAGCGCCUCCUCAGCGAACCAGCUCCGGGGAUCAGUGCGUCUCCGUCGGAGGAGAACAUGCGGUAUUUCGACGUGAUGAUCAUCGGCCCCUCGCAGUCGCCAUAUGAAGGAGGGGUUUUCAAGCUCGAACUCUUCUUGCCUGAAGAAUAUCCAAUGGCUCCUCCGAAGGUUCGGUUUCUCACCAAAAUUUACCAUCCUAACAUUGAUAAGCUUGGUAGAAUAUGUCUCGAUAUUCUGAAAGAUAAAUGGAGUCCAGCCCUCCAAAUUCGAACUGUUCUUUUGAGUAUUCAAGCACUUCUCAGCGCUCCAAACCCGGAUGACCCACUGUCUGAUAACAUUGCAAAGCAUUGGAAGGCUAACGAAGCAGAAGCUGUGGAAACUGCGAAAGAAUGGACCCACCUCUAUGCUAAUGGGCCGUGACGAAGCUUUUCGGCGAUGGCGAAUGUGAUAUAACCCAUCAAACUAUUGGGGGGUUCUAUUCGACUGCCGCGUGAUAAGAAUGAUAUGGUUAGUAUUUUGAUGUUCCAUUUGUCGAAGGAAUUUCUAACAAUCUUUUCGAAGUCAGUGCCGCUAUAUAUGCGGUGUAUAUGACUCUCUCGGGCUAUUUAUAUAAGGCAACUUUCUCUCUAAUCUGUAUCAGUGUUAGUCGAAUUUGAUUGUUCUUCGGUUUAUCAUCUUGCAAUCUAAAUCUGUUAGUUUUUUUUUUUC